AUAGACAGAUUCCCGAACAAAUGAUUCUUAUGAGCUGGUUCUCGCAGUGAAUCAAAACACUUAUAAAUCAAUCGGAGAUGUUUUAACCCGCUGCUGUUACUCAAGACUCGUGGGGCUUAAAUCAAUGCAGCUUGGUUGACUGACAGGACGCAUUUACAGAUACAAAUCUGAAUAUUAUUGUGACAUGCGGUAGCUUGAUUAUUAUUUUUUUGUUUAGAACUAUAUCGCCUAGUAUGCCGACUAAAGAUAAAACUGUGCAAAAAAAAAGAUAUAUAAAAACCAUUGCAACAGCUUCACACUUCACCGUAAAAUGAUUUCAUAAUUAUCAAACAUAAUGAUUAAUAAUGACGGUCUGUAUGGUGUUGCGUCAAAAACAUAGGUGAGUGUGGAUGAAUAUUUAGCUUGUGCAGACUCGUUUCCUGGAAGAAAUAUCGAUUUAAUCCUUUUUGUUCUGACACUUAUCCGAACUUAAGCUUAAUGGACUUUUUGCUGACACCAGUGCCUGCCAUUUUUUCCCCUCUCUCUCUCUCUUGACCUGUUUAUUUUACUGCAAAGGCACUUUCUGCAAAUCAAUUUCAUGCAUGAUGAAUCUCAACAGAACAAAACUUUAUUAAAUUGCCGAGCAAGCCAGCUGUUCUGCAAAAGUUUCCUUUGAAAGAGAUGAAAGUCUCAAGGUGAAAAAAGGCACAGGAAAUGAGUGAUGAUUCAUAGUCAAUACAGAUUACAGAGAUCUGAUCAUGUCAGGAUUAAAAGCGGAAGCCGCGUGCCUUCUUGCAUUUAAAUCAAGCCCAAAGUCACACAGAUCACUUGACCUUCAGCACCCAGGCGUUGAUUUGUGACACAGCCUAUUACAGUGAGUCCCCGAAUCAGCCCAUCAAAGAAGAGAGGCACUCUAAAGAGCUUCUCAUCAGAUCACAAUGAAAUUAGCGCAGGUUGAGCGCACCAUGGCAACCGGAAGAUCAAAUUCCGGUUGCCAAACUCUUAAAAUUUUGGACUUUUAUAUGCGUCGAUAAGAGUGCGCUAUAUAACAACGUUAUUGAGACUAUAUCCCAUUUGAUAACGAUAUUAUAUUUUUCUGAAUCUGAACAUGCAUUUACACACCAACAUGUAUAGAUGUGUAUACAUUUAGGCAGUUUGCAGAAGUUCAAAUCAAAGCAAGUUCCACUGCAUUAGCACGUUUUACCAGUUCGUUCAUUCCCUGUGAAUUGAACCCACCACGGUGGUGUUGCUAGCGCCAUGUGCUGACAUUAAAGCUACAAUUUCAUGAUAAACUAGAAUUAUGCUCAUGGAAUCACAGAAAAUACGCUACAAAACACAUUUAAAAUGCACUGUGACUGUUUGAACGGUUUGAAUAGAUAGAGAUAGAUAGAUAGAUAGAUAGAUAGAUAGAUAGAUAGAUAGAUAGAUAGAUAGAUAGAUAGAUAGAUAGAUAGAUAGACAAAAACUUUGAAAUCAUCUUGCAGUAAUCAUGAGGUUAUGGGAAAGUGGUCAACAGGUUGGGAGUAAGAGUUUUAGUAUUCAUUACAGUGCAUGGCAACAACUUAGUAUCACUUUAAGAAAACCUACAGAGGUGAAUUCAUUACAGAAGAAGUGCACAUCUAGCCUUUUUUCCUAGGUUUCCUGUUGGCUUGGCUGUGAAUAAAAAUGCAGUCAAUUCAAAGAAGGCACAUUUCAGUUUCACCCACACAUUUCUAAGCAACUGAUAGGAUCUGCCAGACUGAAUUAAUUUUUCAGAGUGAAUGAAAAGUCAUGCAGCUGACCACAUCUUCUCGUUUUUGAUUUCUUUCCUGCACCUGACUAUCCAUCUCAGGCUUGCUGCAUAAUCGCUGCAGUCUCAACACAGCUCUCGGAAUUAGCUCACAAUGCCAGCCAAAUAUGUGUGGUGUGAACCCAGGCGGAAAUAAUGACAGAAGGUCACUCUGUCGGGGAGGCGGGCGUUUCGGCAACGCUUGGCUCUCUACUCGGCCUUGGCCCAGUGCUGGAACGUCCAGGACAAGAAACACAAAACAAAUACAGUAGCAGAGAUUAGAGCAAACAUUAUAACAGCAACAAGAACGCAAGAAUAUUAAGCGGUUUUUGUGAACAGCUAGCAUCGCGUGGCAGAAGAUGUGGGAAGGGAUUUAAUUGGUAUUGCAGACCGAUGCACAUCUGUCAAGUACCAUUUCUCCCAACCCAUUAGACUCAGGAACAUCCCUCUCAACCUGACAAGGACCAUACAGCAGGACGAGUGGCACCUCUUACAUCUGCGGCGCAUCACGGCGGGGUUCUUGGGCAUGGCUGCUGCCGUGAUGCUGUGUGGAAGCAUUGUGGCCGCCGUGGGAUUUUUCUGGGAGGAGAGCCUCACCCAGCAUGUGUCUGGACUCCUCUUCCUUAUGGCAGGUAUCUUUUGCACAAUCUCACUGUGCACCUACGCAGCCAGUGUCUCAUACGACCUAUCCAGAAACCCUCCUUUCAUCUACGGUCUGCCCAGUGAUGUAGACCACGGGUACGGAUGGUCCAUCUUCUGUGCAUGGGUCAGUCUGGGCCUAACGGUGGCGUCAGGUUGCAUCUGCACAACUUAUCCAUUCCUGAGCCGCACAAAGGCUCUUCGCUCCAAAACGGCAAGGGAGUCGUCUGUAUGAGCGCCCCCUGGCGGCCCGGAGGACUCGGCAAAACAUUAAUCAGCACUUGGCGCUUUAAUAAAACAGAUUCAAGUGGGACUUCAUGCUGUAUGGAGCUGUUUUGAAUGUCUUGUAGAUUUCAGAUAACUUCGUUGGGCCCACGAGACGUAUCGGUGUUAAAAGGAACGAUAACUGUUGCAUUUCUCGUGUGUCUUCUACACACAUUUGCUUACACAUACACACACACACACACGUAAAAAAAAAGAGAAAUACACACAAAUAUACCGUAUGUGUGAAUAUAAUGAACAAAACCUUUGAUUUGAAAUGGGUACGUGUAUGUUUGUGGGUCGUUGUGAUGCAAUCAUUCUCUGGAUCAGGUGAAUAUUAUACACAAUAUAAGGAUCUGAGCCACAGUUUUUUAUGCAAACCAUCUGAAAUUCGAAUUAUUGCUCUGAUCACGGUCAGUUUUAUUUUUUUAUUAUGCAAUUAAAGCAUAUCGGUUUCCCUGCCACUUGCAAGCGGAUACAAGUCGACUAACCAUUGGCUCAAGAGCCGACGUGUCAAAUGAAAAUAUCAAACAGCUGAAGAAUUCAAUCAGGGAUGAACAGGACGCCUCAUGUCACCGAAGUCACCACAUCAGACAAAUGUAUAAAGGCAUGAUUGCAUAUAUAUCACCUUUGGGUAACAGCUGGUGGCUGAUAUUCAAAAAGAUUGAAAAAUCAAAGAGACACGAGAAGUCUUGAGAUCUAAAACGUGGAUAUGCAAAUUUGUGAUUGGAUGAAAUGGCUGUGAAGAUUCAGGACUUGAACUUGGCUGUCGCUAGCAGUGCAAUCGUAAUACGGCAGCAUGUUUUAAGUGGAUGCUCUCCAAUCUACCAGUCUCGCUAACGAAAGGCCUCUCUUGACGUCACGUCCUUGUUGAAAAUACAGUCCUUCUGUUCCACACGAAACAACCAGGAUUAUAUUAACUGCUGGAUAUUGUUUUCCAAACAGCCAAAAGAGUUACUUAUCCCUGACACUGUACUGUUUGCCUCAAAACUUCUGUUGUGUUCCUGAAAGUGUAUCGUAAAUAAAAUAUUAUCAUGAUGAAAUAAAGGUCUAUGAAGAAACCAAA